CAAUGAGUUUUUGGGGGAUAACACCCUAGGUUCAUGGGCUGACGAGAUGGAUGCCCUCCCUACUGCUCCCGCAGCUAGGUCGGACGAGGACCGAUCUCGCGCUGGGGACCGCCGCAGGGACGACUUUCUUUCCACUAGGCCCGACCGUGGUCCUCCUUCUCACUCUCUGCCCACCGAGCCCCCCUACAUCGCUUUUGUCGGUAACUUAGCUUUCGACCUGACCGAGGCGGAUCUUGAGGAGUUCUUUGCCGGCCAUCAGACGAAGUCCGUAAAAAUUAUCAAGGACAGGGAGGACAAGCCCAAGGGCUUUGGCUACGUCGAGUUCGCGGACCUUGAUGGCCUAAAAGCUGCAUUGGACAUGUUCGGUACCAGCCUUGCGGGCAGGAGCGUUCGCAUUAGUGUUGCAGAACCUCCCAAGGAACGCUCCAGCUUUGGAGGAGGGGGGUUCGAUGAUGACAAGUUCUCUGGAAACUGGCGCCGAGAUGGCCCACCCCCUGAUUUGCCUUCUCGUGGUGGAUCUCGCAGCCAGUUCGAAGGUGGUACGGCUCGUGAGCCUCCCCCGCCUUCUGUGUCUGAAAGCGCAAACGAUUGGCGCUCCAGUCGCCCUCGAGCUUCCAUCCCACCCGAAUCUGAGGCUCCCUCUUUCAAGCGUCGCGGUUCUGGCCUCAGAAGUCCAGACGCUCCUCCGCCCGGUCCCGCCGAUACGGAAGAAAAGUGGUCCAUCGGAAGCAGAUUUCAGCCUUCCACCCCUUCCGAACCCGCUAGUAGGUUUGGCAAUGUCCGCGGACGGGGAGAGAUGGGUCCUCCUCGCGAUCCUGCUGAUGAAGGUGAUUGGAGGCGGGCUCCCGCUCCGCACAAUAGCACAUCACCCAAUAGCUCGGUACCUCCGACUCCUCAAAUGGGCCGUCGCAAGCUGGAGCUUCUGCCUCGUUCGAGUUCUUCUGCGACGCCAUCACCCCUUUCUUCGCCUAAUCCUGCCCACAGCACCUCGAAGCCCAGCCCUUUUGGCGCUGCUAAGCCGGUCGAUACUAUAGCCAGGGAAAUUGCUGUCGCUGAACGCCUUGAAAAAGAGCGCGAACAGGCCAGGGAGCGCGUCACUCAUCCUAUGUCUCGUACUUCCUCUCGUACUGGUUCGUCGCGUGGUGAAGUUCUUCCUUCUCGUCCCGCUGCUCCUCCCGCGUCGCCGAAGACCGCUGAAGCCCCAAGGCCAGCAGCUCCUGCUGUGGCGAACAUUCGCCCUUCAUUUAGUUUUGCAAACGCUGCGGCUGGCAAGAGGGAGAUCGUGCAGGAGGACAAAGUAGAUGAAAUCACGAAUGAAGUCGCCAACCUCGAGAUUUCUUGAUAUCUUGGUGUUAUAUCUGGUCCUUCCCCCAAAACUGCAGCUCGUUCUUUUGUGUUGAUUGUGUCUGGUCUACUCUUUGCGGUGUCGUGUCCAAGUCGCAUACCUUAUCAACCCUAAUGUAUGCAAAUAAUCCUCUUCAUGAUCGACCAAAUUCCUUUAGUGAUAAUAUAUAACCGGCA